GACAUUUAGAGAAAGAUACAUUAGAAGUCUUAUACGCUCCCAAACUGAACUUGAAUUUUCUUUACGGAAGCAGACAUGUCUAUUAUUUUAGAGGCGUUUCUCUCUGCGGCCUUUGACAUGCUUUUCGAAAAGUUGGCUGCCUCUACUGAACUGCUACGGUUUCCACAACAGGAGCAAAUCCAGGAAGAUCUCAAGAAGUGGGAGAUGACAUUGAGGAUGAUGGAGGCGGUGCUUGAAGAUGCAGAGGAGAGGCAAGGGAAGAAUGAGAAAGUGAAGAUCUGGCUUGGAAAACUUCAAAACUUGGCUUACGACGUGGAAGACACACUGGAUGAGUUGUUGUAUGAAUCUCAUCAUCAACAUGAACCCAGCACAUGGGAGUUACUGAUUCCUUGUUGCUUUAAUCCUCAGACUGUCGAGUUCAAUUCCAUGAUGAUGUCCCAAGUUGAGAAUAUCAGUACCAGAUUUGAUGAGAUUGCUUCGAAGAAAGAGCAAUUGGGUUUGAUAGAAUUUUCAGGAGGGAGGUCCAACAGUGUAAUACAGAGGCCACCCACAACCUCUUUGGUGACUGAAGCCUAUGUUUAUGGUAGAAAAGAAGAUCAGGAGGCAAUGGUUGAGUUGUUAUUGAAAAAUGAUUUAAGUGCUGGCAAUAGAACAUUUUCUGUUAUUCCUACAGUCGGGAUGGGCGGUAUCGGGAAGACAACGCUUGCUCAACUUGCCUACAAUGAUCCCAAAUUGGAAGGUCAUUUUGAUUUCAAAGCUUGGGUUUGUGUUUCUGAAAAAUUUAAUGUGACCGAGAUAACAAAAACAAUCCUGGUGUCCAUUGGUGGACAUAUUGGUGAUGUUAAUGAUCUUAACAAUCUUCAAGAGAGGUUGAAGGAGAAAUUGUCGAAAAAGAGAUUUUUGUUUGUUUUGGAUGAUAUCUGGACCGGAAAUCCUAGUGAUUGGUCUCUCUUGCGCCGUCCCUUUGAAUCUGGCUUACCAGAAAGCAAGAUUAUCAUCACAACUCGUAAUGAAGUUAUUUCAACCAGGUUGGGUACUCUUCCAGCUUACCCAUUGAAAGGGUUAUCAGAUGAAGCUUGUUUGUCUAUAUUUACUCGAUGCGCAUUGGGGACAACAGAUUUUAGUCAACAUGAGGACUUGAAGGAAAUUGGUGAGAAGAUAGUAAAAAAAUGCAAUGGCUUACCUUUGGCAGCAGAAACUCUCGGUGGGCUAUUACAUGGGAAACCUAAUAGAGAGGACUGGGGAAGGUUGCUAAAUCGUAGAGUGUGGGAAUUACCAGAAAAGGAUAGCAACAUUAUACCAGCUUUGAAGGUAAGUUACUACUUCCUUCCUUCUCGUUUAAAAAGAUGCUUUGCAUACUGUUCUAUAUUCCCAAAGGCUUAUGAAUUUCUCAAAGAAGAGACCAUUUUGUUAUGGAUGGCUGAGGGUUUAUUACAUAAUAAUGAGAAGCAAAUGGAAGAUUUGGGCAAUGAGUUCUUUGAUGAUCUGAAAUCAAGGUCAUUUUUCAAGCAAUCAAGUAGAGAUAUGUCAAGAUUUGUGAUGCACGACCUCAUCAAUGAUCUUGCUCAGUGGGCUGCAGGAGAGAUAUGCUUUAGAAUUGAUAAUAAGUUGGAUGGUAACAUAAAUUUCAAUGUUUCCCGCACAAAUCUUCGUUAUUUAUCUUAUAUUUCUGAUCAGUUUGAUGGGGUUAAAAGGUUUGAAGGCUUGUGUGAAGCCAAGUGUUUGCGAGCUUUUUUACCAUUAGAGUUGCCACACAUGACGUCAGGUUACUUGGCUUACGACGUUCUUCACAUGGUGCUGGAACUGCCUCGUUUGAGGGCCUUGUCUUUGAGAAUGUAUAAGAUUUCUGAGCUGCCAAACUCAAUUGGUGAAUUGAAACAUCUACGAUACCUCAACCUAUCUGGUACGCUAAUUGAAAUUCUGCCCAAUUCAAUCAAUACUCUUUACAAUUUACAGACGCUUUUAGUAGAGGACUGUGAUCAUCUGAAGAAACUGUGUGAAGACAUGGGGAACUUAACAAAUCUGCAUCAUCUAAAUAAUUCUGGUACACCUGCACUAGAGGAAAUGCCUUUAAGGAUUGGUAAUCUGACUGGGCUUUUAACACUGCCGAAUUUUGUUGUGGGCAAAAGCAGUGGCUCCAGGCUAGAAGAGUUGAAAAAUCUGACACAUAUUAGGGAGAGGCUUUGCAUUUCUGGGUUGGAGAAUGUGAAUGCUACGAUUGCCACGAAUGCUGAUCUGAUUAGCAAGAGGGACCUUAAUGUGAUAGUACUAAAGUGGACUAGUAGCAAUGGUGAUCCGGGAGAUGCAGGAGAAGAAAAAGUUCUCGACAUGUUACGACCACAUCAAGGCUUGAAAGAGCUCAUUAUUAGUGGCUAUGGUGGUGGUUCCUUUCCAGUUUGGUUAGAAGAUCCAUCAUUCUCGAAUUUAGCGAAAUUAACGUUUGAAAACUGUAACAACUGUGAAAUGCUGCCAUCAUUUGGGGAACUGCCCUUUCUAAAGCACCUUGUUAUCAAAGGAAUGGCUAAAAUACAAAAAGUGGAGAAGGGGUUUUAUGGCUACUCAGAGGUGCCAUUUCCAUUAUUGGAAACUCUUUGUUUUAAGUAUAUGGAAGGAUGGGAAGUCUGGACCCCUAAUGAAGAGGAAGAAGCUAAAGCUUUUCCUUACCUCAGAGAACUUUCUAUUAUAUGGUGCUCCAAGCUAGAAGUAUUAUUGCCUAAAUAUCUUCCUUCUUUGGAAAAGCUUGUCAUUACAGGCUGUAAGAAAUUGGUCGUAUCAGUUGAAAGUCUUCCAAAACUGUGCAAAUUAUCAAUUUCUAGUUGUAAACAGAUGGAGUGGGGAAGUACAAUCGAUCUCAGCUCACUGAAAUCAGUGCAUCUUGGGGAUAUCUCGACUCCCAUCUGUCCAACAGAGCGAUUUACAUACGGGUUAUCAAAAGUAGAAGAAAUGACGAUUUCUCGUUCUGGAAAGCUGACAUCUUUGUGGCAAAGUACAGCUGAAUGGCUUCAAGAUAAUAGCUCCCUUUGUCGAUUGGAAAUUCGGCAAUGUCCCCAACUUCUGUGCUUGGUGGCAGAGGAAGAACAAGAAGAAGGACAAGAACAGCUUGGGAUGCCUUGCAGACUUGAGUAUCUGGAAUUGUAUCUAUGCGAGCGCUUUGAAAAGCUACCAAAAUCAUUGUGCAGCCUUAGUUUUCUUAAAGAAAUAAGCAUCAACUGCUGCCCAAAACUUGUUUCUUUUCCAGAGACAAGCAUGCCCCCCCAGCUAAGAAUCAUCAAAAUUAGAGAAUGCAAUGCACUGAAAUCGUUACCUGAGGCUUGGGUGAACAACAGCAGUACAUAUCUUGAAAGGUUGUCCAUUAAAGAGUGUGAAUCUUUGACAUAUAUCACCAAAUUUAGGCUUCCAUUGAAUUUGAAGCGGCUAGAUAUCGAAAGUUGCAAUAAUUUAGGGACUUUGAUCAAUGAGGAGAAUACUGACAGUGGAACCCAUAGCAACACCUCUCUUCUAGAGUUUUUGGAAGUCCACUAUUGUCGAUCUCUCACAUCCUUGUGGUCAGGAAGUGAGUUACCUCAUACGCUUGAACGGAUUGAGCUUUGGAGUUGCGAUAGUCUUGCUUCCUUGUCAUCAGGAGGCAAUCUACCUAUGGCUCUGAAAUCCCUAGUUGUUUUCGAGUGUACCAAGCUAGAGUCGAUUGCAGAAAGAUUGCAGAAUCUCACAUCUCUUGAACAUAUCGAAAUUUCUUCUGGUUAUAAUCUUACAUGUUUUCCUCCGGAUCUUCACAAGCUACGGAAUCUUCAAAAGAUGUUUAUAUCUGGUUUUCCAAAUCUUGUUUCCUUUCCAGAAGAAGGCUUGCCUCUCAGGAACCUGAGAUUGCUCUACAUAGUCAGCUGUAAGAAACUGAAGGCCCUACCCAACCGGAUACACAAACUCACUGCACUUAAACAGUUAAUAAUAAGAGAUUGUCCGAGCAUGGCCAUGUUCCCUGUUGAUGGCUUUCCUAUCAGCCUUGAAUCACUUGAAAUUCAAGAUUUGAACAUCUUUAAACCACUGUUUGAUUGGGGGCUUAACAGACUCACUUCUCUUAAAUCUCUCAAUAUUGGCAAGGUAAGCCCAGAAGUGUCAUUUCCACAAGAAGAGACUGGAAUGAUGCUUCCUACGUCCCUAACCCAUUUGAUAAUUCAAAAUUUUCCGAAUCUGGAACGCCUGUCAUCUGAUAUUCAGAAUCUGACUUGCCUGGAAAGACUCUGCCUUUUACAUUGUCCUAAGCUCAAAUUUCUUCCUGAGGAUUGGCUGUCCUCUCUUCUGCAACUGGAAAUUUAUGAUUGUCCAUUGCUCAAACAAAUGUGGGAAAAGCAUGGCGGAAUAAAUUAUUGGCCAAUGAUUGCACGCAUACCUUACGUCAAGAUUGAUAGCUGUCUCAUGAAGUACAGAACCCACGGUCAAGAUUGAUCUCCCACAAUUUGGUCCCGAGAAGACAGCAUCUUGGCCCUUUUCAAAUCCGUCAGUAGAAAAAGGUCCUUGCACGGAAUCAUUUUCUGUUGUUUGAUGUUUCUCUAUUGUAUAAUGAUUGGCAGAGACGAGGUUUUUUUCA